GGCUCCUAAGCAGGAGAAGCAAAAGAAGGAAUUGUUUGCGAGUUCAGUCAUCCAAAAAAGCUUCUUCCAUAUGGAGGGACCGGGUGCGCUGCGCGCGGCGUCCCCUGCCUUGUCCUGCUGCCGCCGCCGCCGCCGCGACCCCCGCUUCCUGCCGCAGAGACCCUGAGCCCCGGGCCGCCGGUGUCAGCCGCGGCGCGCACGCACGCACACUCACCCUCACACACACGCACAGACACACACUCACACCCGCCACAGCCGCACGCGCCCGCACGAGCACUCCCUCCCCGGCCGGCAACUUCUCGGGCCGGGGCUCCUUUGUUGCUCCCGCGGCGGCAGCUCUCCGGUUUUGUGAGUCCCUGAGUGUCACGGUGCGGGUUGUGUGUCCGUGCGGCGCGGUGCUGUGUGGCUCCCUCCGCGCCCACCGCCCCGGCCCUCGGGCCUCGCUAGCCCUUCCCAGGAGCCGCUGCACCAGAGUCCCGCACAAACUUCCUGGAACCCAUGACCCAUGAAGUCUUGUCAGCACUCACACCAUCUGAGGGUAGCAGCAAUGAAGUAGAAGAAGCAGGUUUGCUAACUCUGAAAUCCUUUCCAGAGUAGCCAGUGAGGGAGCAUCCUGUCACACAGUAUGGGAGCUAAAGGCCUUCCGAGUAAUCACCUGCAACCCUUCCUUGACACCACUGGUGGUCUGCCAUCUUGAAGGCUGUGUCCACUCCAGGUGAAAGCCCCACGGUCAGAGCAGUGCGGGGGAUCGUAGUACCUCUUGGAGUGAGUCCACUAGCUUAUGGGACGUUGGCUCGAACCCUUUGUGACACCAUGCUGCAUGGGACGAUGACAACUCAGAGAGAAAAAAGGCCCGAGGUCACCCUCGCUUGCCUCCUCUUGGCCACAACAGGCUGCUUUGCCGACUUGGACCAGGUCCCUCAGGUCACUGUCCAGCCUUCUUCCAUGGUCCAGAAGCUCGGAGGAACUGUGAUCCUCGGCUGCGUUGUGGAACCCCCAUGGAUGAACACCACCUGGCGCCUGAAUGGGAAGGAGCUGAAUGGCUCAGAUGAUGCUCUGGGCAUCCUCAUCAGCCGUGGGACCCUCGUCGUCACCGCCCUCAGCAACCGCACCGUGGGACGGUACCAGUGUGUGGCCCGGAUGCCUGCGGGAGCUGUGGCCAGCGUGCCGGCUACUGUGACACUAGCUAACCUCCAGGACUUCAAGUUGGACGUGCAGCACGUGAUUGAAGUGGAUGAGGGGAACACAGCAGUCAUUGCCUGCCACCUUCCUGAGAGCCACCCGAAAGCCCAGGUCCGGUACAGCGUCAAGCAGGAGUGGCUGGAGGCAUCGAGGGAUAACUACCUGAUCAUGCCAUCGGGAAACCUCCAGAUUGUGAAUGCGAGCCAGGAGGAUGAGGGAAUGUACAAGUGUGCUGCCUACAACCCAGUGACCCAGGAAGUGAAAACCUCGGGCUCCAGUGACAGGCUCCGAGUGCGCCGCUCCACUGCCGAGGCUGCUCGCAUCAUUUACCCCCCAGAGGCCCAGACCAUCAUCGUCACCAAGGGCCAGAGUCUGAUCCUGGAGUGUGUGGCCAGUGGGAUCCCACCCCCACGGGUCACCUGGGCCAAGGAUGGUUCCAGUGUCGCCGCCUAUAACAAGACACGCUUCCUGCUAAGCAACCUUCUUAUCGAUGCCACCAGUGAGGAGGACUCGGGGACUUACCGCUGCAUGGCCGACAACGGGGUCGGGGAGCCUGGUGCAGCGGUCAUCCUCUAUAAUGUCCAGGUAUUCGAACCCCCUGAGGUCACCAUGGAGCUGUCCCAGCUUGUGAUCCCGUGGGGCCAGAGUGCCAAGCUCACCUGUGAGGUGCGUGGGAACCCCCCGCCCUCUGUGCUAUGGCUGAGGAAUGCCGUGCCCCUCGCCUCCAGCCAGCGCCUCCGACUGUCCCGCAGGGCCCUGCGAGUGGUCAGCGUAGGGCCUGAGGAUGAAGGCGUCUACCAGUGCAUGGCUGAGAAUGAAGUUGGGAGCGCCCAUGCCGUGGUCCAGCUGAGGACCGCCAGGCCAGGUACAACCCUGAGGCCAUGGCGGGAUGCUAAGCUGGACACUGCCACCCCUUCCAUGUUACCCUCCAGACCCGGAAGCCCUGACCAGAUGCUAAGGGGGCGCCCAGGGCUCCCAAAGCCCCCGACCUCAGAGCAGCCAGCUUCCCCACCGUGCCCCAGGGAGAAGGGGCAGGUGGCUCCUGCCGAGGCGCCCAUCAUCCUCAGCUCACCCCGGACCUCGAAGACGGACUCGUACGAGCUGGUGUGGCGGCCACGGCAUGAGGGUGGCGGCCGGGCGCCGAUCCUCUACUACGUGGUGAAGCACCGCAAGCAGGUCACAAACUCCUCCGACAACUGGACCGUCUCCAGCAUAGCGGCCAGCCAGCACCGCCUGACCCUCACCAGACUCGACCCUGGGAGCUUGUACGAAGUGGAGAUGGCAGCUUACAACUGUGCAGGCGAAGGCCAGACAGCCAUGGUCACCUUCCGAACUGGACGGCGGCCCAAACCUGAAAUCAUGGCCAGCAAGGAGCAGCAGGUCCAGAGAGAUGACCCUGGAGCCAGCCCCCAGAGCAGCAGCCAGCCAGACCAUGGCCGCCUCUCUGCCCCAGAAGCUCCUGACAGGCCCACUAUCUCCAUGGCCUCUGAGACAUCAGUGUAUGUGACCUGGAUUCCCCGUGGGAAUGGUGGCUUCCCAAUCCAGUCCUUCCGUGUGGAGUACAAGAAGCUAAAGAAAGUGGGGGACUGGAUUCUAGCUACCAGUGCCAUCCCUCCUUCCCGGCUCUCGGUGGAGAUCACUGGCCUAGAGAAAGGCACCUCCUACAAGUUCCGGGUCAGGGCUCUGAACAUGCUGGGGGAGAGUGAGCCCAGCGCCCCCUCCCGGCCAUAUGUGGUGUCAAGCUAUAGUGGCCGUGUGUACGAAAGGCCUGUGGCAGGCCCUUAUAUCACCUUCACCGAUGCUGUCAACGAGACCACUAUCAUGCUCAAAUGGAUGUAUAUUCCAGCAAGUAACAACAACACCCCAAUCCAUGGCUUUUAUAUCUAUUAUCGACCCACAGACAGUGACAAUGAUAGUGACUACAAGAAGGAUAUGGUGGAAGGGGAUCGAUACUGGCACUCCAUCAGCCACCUGCAGCCAGAGACCUCCUACGACAUUAAGAUGCAGUGCUUCAAUGAGGGUGGGGAGAGUGAGUUCAGCAACGUGAUGAUCUGUGAAACCAAAGCUCGGAAGUCUUCUGGUCAGCCCGGUCGGCUCCCACCCCCAACUCUGGCCCCACCUCAGCUGCCACCCCCUGAAACUGCAGAGCGGCCCAUGGGCACUGGGGCCAUGGUGGCGCGCUCCAGCGACCUGCCCUACCUGAUUGUUGGGGUCGUCCUGGGCUCCAUCGUCCUCAUCAUUGUCGCCUUCAUCCCCUUCUGUUUGUGGAGGGCCUGGUCUAAGCAAAAACAUACCACAGACCUGGGUUUUCCUCGAAGUGCCUUUCUGUCCUCCUCCUGCCAGUACACCAUGGUACCACUGGGAGGACUCCCAGGCCACCAGGCCAAUGGGCAGCCCUGUCUCAGUGGUCCCAGUAGACGGGCCUGUGCCAGUGGGAUCCAUGUGAACAGGGGCUGCCCUGCAGCUGCCACGGGCUACCCAGGGGUGAAACCUCAACACCACUGCCCGGGGGUGCCUCAGCAGCAAGAUGACACCAGCAGCCUGCUGAAGCCGACCAUUCUUGGCACUGGAUAUGACCCCCCCAGUCACCAAAGUCCCAGGGGUCCCCAGUCUAGCCCAGACGAGGGCUCUUUCUUAUAUACGCUGCCUGAUGACUCAACUCACCAGCUGCUCCAGCCCCACCAAGACUGCCGCCAUCUCCAGGAGCAGCCCACCGCCACAGGCCAGUCAGGCGUGAGGAACAUACCCCAGGGUCCCGGGCUGGAAGCAGCCUGGGACCCUCUUUUUCACCGAGGACCCCCAUGCUGCUUGGGCCUUGUACCAGUUGAAGAGGUGGACAGUCCUAACUCCUGCCAAGUGGGUGGGGGAGACUGGUGUUCCCAGCACCCCGCCGGGGCCUACAUCGGGCAGGAACUUGGGAUGCAGCUCUCCCCCAGCCCACCGGUGCAUGUAGCUUUUGAAACACCACCUCCUACAAUUUAGGCAGAAACCAAUAUCCCAGAAAGACUAUUGUUUUUAAAAAGAGAAAAAAAUUGGUAUUUAUUUUUCUAUAAUAGCCAUAUUUAUAUAUUUAUGCACUUGUAAAUAAAUGUAUAUGUGUUUUUAUAAUUCUGGAGAGACACAGAGAAUCCUACCCAUUGAGGUAUGAGGGGGAAAUCAAAGAUGCCCUGAUAACAGGAUUCCACCUGGCAAGAGUAACACAGACUAAGGAGGCAGCCCUUCACCGGACACCUCUGCUGCUGCCCAGGAGGCCACACGAGGCCCCCAGAGAAGCUGCUGAGAGGAAGAGUCUUAGGCACACUGUCUGCAACAACGAUGAGGGAAAAGCAAGGGCCCCAGUGUCACAGACUGGAGAUGCUCGUGAAGAUGGCUGGACCGGGUACUGCAGGAGACCUUUUCAGAAGAUGCUGAUGAGCACAGACUAAGAUGUGUAUUGUUCUAUAAGCAUUAACAAGCCUUCCAGAAUCAAUAAUCUGUGGCAACCUAGCUCUGUAAAAACACUGUAACUAACUUCUAAAUAAAUGUUUAAUCUUCCCUGUAACCUUCAAC